CUUGGCCUCUUCGCCGAAGGAGCGCAUGCGUAAUAGCGCUCUCCUCGCUCCCAGUCCCGCUCCUCCCUCUUUACCAGGUUUUACCUCCCUGAGGGGAAGGAAGGAGGGACGGGCCGAGGAGGAUGGAGGAGGUGCCUGGCGGGGGUUGCCGCUGCCGCCGUCGUUGCCGCUCUUGGACGCGCUCGCUGGGCUGGAGGAGUUGCCGGCCGGCGGCAGGCCUCUGAGGCCGGGGAGCGGGGGUUGGCCUCGCGCACCUGAGGAGGAGGCGGAGGCGGGGCCGCUUGGCGCGCGAGUGAGAAAGAAAGUUAUUUUCUGAGGAUGGAGAUGGAGCCGGAAGCCUUCAGCCCUGGGGGGGACGAUGCCAGCUCAGACUCUACCUGCUACCAAUGCUCCUCAUGUCGGGCCGACGAGGAGCGGAGCUGCGCCAACUCCAUGCGUGGGCGGGCCAAGACGCGCAGCUUGUCUGCAUCUCCGGCCCUAGGCAGCACCAAAGAAUUCAGGAGGACGCGCUCCUUGCACGGACCAUGCCCAGUGACCACAUUUGGACCAAAAGCCUGCAUGCUGCAGAAUCCCAAAACUAUCAUGCACAUUCAGGACCCAGCAAGCCAGCGGUUGACAUGGAACAAACCUCCGAAGAGUGUCCUUGUUAUAAAAAAAAUCCGGGACGCCAGUCUCCUGCAGCCCUUCAAAGACCUCUGCAUCUAUCUCACAGAGGUGAACAACAUGAUUGUCUACGUAGAAAAGAAAGUGUUGGAAGAUCCAGCCAUCAUGAACGAUGAUAGUUUUGGACCAGUGAAGAAGAAAUUUUGCACUUUCAGUGAAGACUACGAUGAUAUCUCCAAUCAGAUAGACUUUAUCAUCUGCCUGGGAGGAGACGGGACCUUGCUUUAUGCCUCUUCACUCUUCCCGGGCAGCGUACCUCCCGUGAUGGCUUUCCACCUGGGUUCCCUGGGAUUCCUUACCCCGUUCAAUUUCGAGAACUUUCAGUCCCAAGUGACUCAGGUUAUUGAAGGCAAUGCAGCACUUGUUCUCCGGAGCAGGCUCAAAGUGAAAGUGCUCAAGGAGCACAAGGAGAAGAAGGCAAUGAUUCAAAAUGGGAUCGAAGAGAAUGGGCUGAUUUCUCCGAGCCUAGAGAAGGAACUGUUCAAGCAAGCCACUCAAUAUCAGGUCCUGAAUGAAGUUGUGGUGGAUCGGGGCCCUUCCUCAUAUCUUUCCAACGUGGACGUCUUUCUAGAUGGGCACCUUAUCACCACAGUCCAAGGAGAUGGUGUCAUCGUCUCCACACCCACGGGCAGCACGGCGUACGCAGCUGCUGCAGGCGCUUCAAUGAUCCACCCGAAUGUCCCUGCCAUCAUGAUCACCCCAAUCUGCCCACACUCGCUCUCUUUCCGGCCCAUCGUCGUUCCUGCUGGGGUGGAGCUGAAGAUCAUGCUGUCUCCCGAAGCCAGGAAUACAGCGUGGGUUUCCUUCGAUGGGCGGAAGAGGCAGGAAAUCUGCCACGGGGACAGCAUCAGCAUUACUACCUCCUGUUACCCCCUCCCUUCAAUCUGUUUCCAAGACCCCGUAAGUGACUGGUUCGAUAGCCUGGCCGAAUGUUUGCACUGGAACGUCCGGAAAAAGCAGAACCACUUUGCUAUAGACGAAGAAGAGGAGUUUUGAGUGUUGGCACUAGCAGAGGAUCAUGGGAGGCCGAAUCCCUUCUGUACAAAAACAUGUUUUUAAGCCUGUAGCUCUGGGGAGUAGACCAAUAUAAUAUAAUAUUAUAUAAAUAUAUAUAUAAUAACUUCUUUAAAUACAGCGAUGUACCUCAUAUCAGUCUGUUCUGCUGAUGACCAGAUAUCAUGUCGUUGUUUUUCUGUCUGUCGGGAGAGCUUGAGGUGAGAGAGAAAUGAGUGGAGAUACUUUUCGUCGGGGCACAUUAGAAAUGUCCGAUGUUUGUUCGUCAAUGUGCAAUGUGUUUUCCGCACAACGUGUUUCCUAGAAAGAAGGUUUUUUGUUUUUGUUUUUUCAAAAGCCUUAUUAAAAACGAAUGAUGUUUCCUUGGA